GCACUGCCGCUGGCGGCGGCUCCAGAACACUUCCGGGAGGCUCCUGUGGGGAAGUGUCUGGGUGUUUGCUUCCGGCGGCUUCCUGGCUGCUUCCUCAGCCUCCCGGACCAUCGGGCUGAAGUAGUGGGCACGGGACGGGGGGCUGGCAACCCCCGGUCGUUGGGCCCGUCAGUCUCUAGCCAUGGACCGGGACCUUAUGCGGCAGUCACUGAAUUUCCACGGGCCGUCAUUGCUCUCCCUGCUCAGGAGCGAACAGCAGGACAAUCCGCACUUCCGGAGCCUCCUGGGGUCGGUGGUCGAGCCUGCCCGGGGCCCGGCGCCCCAGCAGCAGUUACAGGGCAGAAAAGAGAAGAAAGUUGAAAACAUUGAAAUACAAAAAUUCAUUUCCAAAAAAGCGGAUCUGCUUUUUGCAGUUUCCUGGAAAUCAGAUGCACCUACAACUUCUGAAGUUAAUGAAGACGAUGAAGAGCGUUAUGCAGUCAUGCCACCUUUAGAGCAAUUCAUGGAGAUACCUAGUAUGGACCGGAGAGAGCUCUUUUUUCGAGAUAUUGAGCGUGGUGAUAUAGUGAUUGGAAGAAUUAGUUCCAUUCGGGAAUUUGGGUUUUUCAUGGUGUUGAUUUGUUUAGGCAGUGGCAUUAUGAGAGAUAUAUCCCACUUAGAAAUCACAGCUCUAUGUCCACUAAGAGACGUGCCUUCUCUCAGUAACCAUGGGGAUCCUUUAUCAUAUUACCAAACUGGUGACAUUGUUCGAGCUGGAAUCAAGGAUAUUGACAGAUAUCAUGAAAAGCUUGCUGUAUCUCUAUAUAGCUCAUCUCUUCCACCACACCUAUCUGGUAUUAAAUUAGGUGUAAUUAGUUCCGAAGAACUUCCUUUGUACUACAGGAGAAGCGUUGAACUAAAUAGCAAUUCUUCAGACUCCUAUGAGAAUAUCAUGCAGAGUUCUUUGGGAUUUGUUAAUCCAGGAGUAGUUGAAUUCCUUUUAGGAAAACUAGGAAUAGAUGAAUCUAAUCCACCAUCUUUAAUGCGAGGCCUGCAAAGCAAAAAUUUCUCUGAAGACGAUUUUGCUUCUGCAUUAAGAAAGAAGCAGUCUGCAUCUUGGGCUUUAAAAUGUGUGAAGAUUGGAGUUGAUUAUUUUAAGGUUGGACGCCAUGUGGAUGCUAUGAAUGAAUACAAUAAGGCUCUGGAAAUAGAUAAACAAAAUGUGGAAGCUUUGGUAGCUCGUGGAGCAUUAUAUGCAACAAAAGGAAGUCUGAACAAAGCAAUAGAAGAUUUUGAGCUUGCAUUGGAAAACUGUCCAACUCACAGGAAUGCAAGAAAAUAUCUCUGCCAGACCCUUGUAGAAAGAGGAGGGCAGUUAGAAGAAGAAGAAAAGUUUUUAAAUGCUGAAAGUUACUAUAAGAAAGCUUUGGCUUUGGAUGAAACUUUUAAAGAUGCAGAGGAUGCUUUGCAGAAGCUUCAUAAAUAUAUGCAGAAAUCUUUGGAAUUAAGAGAAAAACAAGCUGAAAAGGAAGAAAAGCAGAAAACAAGGAAAAUAGAAACAAGUGCAGAAAAGUUACGUAAGCUUUUAAAAGAGGAGAAAAGGCUAAAGAAAAAAAGAAGAAAAUCAACUUCUUCCUCUUCAAGUGUUUCUUCUGCUGAUGAAUCAGUUUCUUCUUCUUCAUCCUCUUCCUCUUCUGGUCACAAAAGGCAUAAGAAACAUAAGAGGAAUCGCUCAGAGUCUUCUCGAAGUUCCAAAAGGCAUUCAGCUAAGGCAUCCUCAAAUCAGAUAGAUCAGAAUAAGAAAGAUGAGUGCUUCCCAGUUCCAGCCAAUACUUCAGCAUCUUUUCUUAACCAAAAACAAGAAGUGGAAAAACUACUGGAAAAGCAGGAUAGGUUACCAUAUCAAAAGAAACAGGUAAAAGAAAAAGAUAGAUGCCCUCUUUCUUCAUCUUCAGUUGAAAUUCCGGAUGAUUUUGGAGACUUUUAAGGAACAAUCUUUAAGGUGAUAUUAAAGGAUUUAAGUGAAAUAAAGUUCAUUAAAUAAAAGGUUAGUGGAUAGAUCAUAAUUAGCUAGCUCUGAUUCAUCAGCUAAUCAACAAGUAAUUGUCAGGAGUCUAACCUACACUUUAGCACUGGGAUUUUAACUAAUUUAGUUAAUACUUUGAUCACUUAUUUUUUUUCUCAUUUAAAUGAGACAUCUCGCACUAUCUAAUUCUCUAAAAAAUUGUCUUUGUACAAGAUAACAAGAAAGAAUAAUGAUAGUUAACUUUUACUAAGGUCUUAUUACUAAAGCCUGUAGAAUUUACCUGGAUAUCUUCCUGUAGUUCUCUGAUUUGUCUUUGUUUGUAUCUGUGUUUUUCAUCAACAGCUCUCUUUUGUUCUUCUAGUUGAAUUUUUACCUCAUACUCAGCACCUAGAAUUUAAAGAAUUUUUGCUCUAAAUUUUUAACAUGCUGUGUAGAAAGCAAGCUUAAAGUCUUACAUAAGUUAAACUUUUAACUUUUUUUUAUGAAAGGUUAAAUUCCUUAUGUCUAGUUGUUGAAAAACAGGACAUGAAAUAACUAUUUUUAUUUUGUCAGCAUAGAGCAGCCAAUAUGCUGUUCUCUUCAGAUUUGAAAUUAAUUCCCUAGAGAAGUGAUAUGCCAUAUCACUAGAAGUAAUAAUGGAAAUAACACCUUAGCACUUAUUUUAAAGGAGGGGGAUUAGUUUUUCCAGCUGAAUCAAACAUGAUACACUUUUGUUUUCCUUGUCUCAUAGUGUUCCUCUUUUUAAGGUAAAUAAUUCUACAGCUUUCAUUGCAUGUAUAUUUUUAAAGUUUUAAUAAUUCCCACAUACUAGAUGGAGUCACUUUCUUAAAAGAUUGUUUGUAAUUGUUGUUGCAGCUGUUCAGCACUUGCAAGGUGUUUCCUAGAGCAUAGAUUUCUUUUUCAGCUUUGUUGAUCUUAGCAUCCAAACUGUCACCUUCCCUUUGAAGUUCUUCUUUUUCUUGAGCAGCCUAUGAAAAAUGGAAUAGAUUGGUUAAAAGUAUCAUGGGGGAGAAUGUCUGUUUUCAGGGCAGGAAAUAGUUAACUCACAACAAUACCAAUUUGCCGUGGGGCCUACAUGCAGCACCAAGCAUUUAUUUCUUGCACCUGAUUUAAAGUAAAAGACCAAAUCCUCAAGGCCUUCCAAAUAUAGCACAUAGGCUACAAAAGCAUGAUGGCAGUGUAGUAACCAACCAAAGCUUAGAUGAAAACUCUCCAACAAAAAUGAACGAAAAGUUAAGCAGGUAUAAACUUUACUGAGAAGAGAAAUAAGGUUAGCUAGAAGCGGUUUCAAACUAGAUAUUAAAUAAAAAGAAUGUAUGUUUCUCACCUGAAAGCGGCUUGGCACACUUUCUCAUUUUAAGUCUUAGUGGUAAAAGAGGUGAACAAAGUAUACCCAUAAAGUGUCACAUUUUUUUAAAGGAAAAAUACUGCAUGAUCCUACUUAUAUGAGGUACCUAGAGUAGUCAGAUUCACAAAAACAAAGUAGGUUGGUGGUUGCCAGGAGUUUUGGAGAGGGAGAAAUGGGGAGUUAUUGUUUAAUGGGUACAGUUUCAGUUUUGAAAGAUAAAAAAAGUUCUGGGGAUGGCUCUUGUGUUGACUGCACAACAAUAUGAAUAUACUUAGUACCACUGAACUGUACACUUAAAAAUUAUUAAAACAGCAAAUUUUAUGUAUAAUCACAUUUUUAAAAGUUUUAAUUAGAUAACUGUGAUAAAUAUGGCUAGAAAAAUGAAGUCUGUAAAUUGCUGAAAACCAAAAAUUCCUCAGUGAGUGAACAUACUCAGUGACUUUUUCCAGCUUAACUGUCACUGGGCUAAGCCUUCUAGAGUUGUACCCAAACAGUUCCAAAGAACUGCAAUUAAGGGUUGAGAGGGAUAGCAUGCAUAUAUAUUUAAAAGUGCCCCCAUGAAAAGAUGCUCAGCAUCGCUAAUCAUUAGAGAAAUGCAAAUCAGAACUACAGUGAGGUACCACCUCACACCAGUCAGAAUGGCCAUCAUCAAAAAAGUCUAAAAAUAACAAAUGCUAGAGGGGGUUUGAAGAAAAGGGAACUCUCCUACACUGUUGCUGGUAAUGUAAAUUGGUACAGCCACUAUGGAGACCAGUAUGGAGGUUCCUUAAAAAACUAAAAAUAGAGCUACCAUAUGAUCCAGCAAUCCCACUCCUGGGCAUAUACCCAGAUAAAACUAUAAUUCAAAAAGAUACAUGCACCCCUAUGUUCAUAGCAGCAGUAUUCACAAUAGCCAAGACAUGGAAACAACCUAAGUGUCCAUCAACAGAUGAAAGGAUAAAGAAGGUGUGGUACAUGUAUACAAUGGAAUAUUACUCAGCCAUAAAAGAGAAUAAAGCAAUUUGCAACAACGUGGAUGGACCUAGAGAUUAUCAUACUAAGUGAAGUAAGUCAGAAAGAGAAAGCUAAAUAUCAUAUCACAUAUAUGUGGAAUCUAAAAUAUGACACAGAUGAGCAUAUCUAUGAAACAGAAACAGACUCACAGAUACAGAGAACAGACUUGUGGUUGCCAAGGGGAAGGGGAGUGGGGGACGGAAGGAGUGG